AGAGGACAGCGCUUACCCCACAACCGAGGCUCAAAGACCAUUGCUCUUGGUAUUCCCACUUUGCUCUUGGUCAUGAAAAUCCAGUCAGUCAUUGACCGACGUUUAUUCCCUACGCUCUGAGUCUAGCACGCGCCAACAGACUUCAACACCCAAAUGACGACAGUACGAUACCGACUGGUGUUCAACGCCCCUCCUUCGGCAGUAGCAGCAUGUAAGGCCGCGAUAUUUGCUGCCGGCGCUGGUCGCUAUCCCGGGCCUGGUAACUACACGGAAUGCUGCUGGACGACUGCUGGGAAAGGCCAGUUUCGCCCUGGCGACGCGGCGAAUCCCCACAUUGGGACGGUGGGCGCACUGGAGGAAACCGACGAGAUUAGGGUCGAAACGCUGUGUGUUGGAGAGGAUGUCGCCAGAAAGGCUGUUGCGGCAUUGAAAAGAGCGCACCCGUAUGAGGAGCCCUCAUACGGGGUUUACAGGAUGGAGGAUUUUUAGCUAGUGGUGGCCUCUUUUGAUCUAUAUACUCUAUGUGUCGUGUGUCAAUGGAUAAUGUUGUUCUACGGAGAGCGAGUCAUAGCGGGAGUUUUCAAGCCCUAAGUCCCGACUCUCCCGCAAUAUCCACGAUGAAUAAAUCAGACAAGAAACA